AUGCCGGGUGAGGGUCGUGCCACUCCAGUUGACACAAACGACGGUCCCUUGGAGCAACGGGUAGUAGGACUCGAGUCGAGUGUGAGAGAGAUUCUGGACUUACUUCGUACCGCAGCGAAUACUCCUCCUCAGCCUCCCCCUGCCCCUCCUGUCCAACCAGUCCCAGUCGCCCCCGUUGUCUCAAACUCUCAGGGCCCGCCCCCCUUACUCUCCUAUGUUCCCCCUCCCACGUCUAACUCCUCUAUCGGUACGUUAUCCAUUCCUGACUUCUUCCCCGACGUCGACGCCGCAAUUGUGGCAUCAAUCGGCAAGCAUGAGUUCAAGCCGCAGCAGUUGGGCAAGCUGAUCCCCAGCAUCACCGCAAAAGCUACCACGACAACUUACGCACUUGAGGACGGCGCUUUACGCGCUACGGAUACGGCUCCCAUAAAGGAUCUCCCUGAUUUCUCCACCUUCAUGCGAGCAUUAGGCAUCUACUUUCAAAUCCUAUACAGAUACAUAGGGACGACGGGCAGUAUUCAGGCCGUAAUCGAUGUUGCAGUGUCCACCCAAGGUUACACCAACCUCCUUCACGAGUAUUCUCGCUAUUUCACCUACCCAGCCAUCCUCACAUACCACAUCGCUCACCACUCUCGCCGUAUCAGGGAGAUGCUCCGUGGAGAUUACUCCUUAUGGGCUGACGAGGAUCGGGCGCUAGUUGGCCAGCUUCACCGAUCGAACAUUUUCCAAGAAGUAAAGUCCGGCUCGGCUACGUCAUCCAAAUCCAAGUCUACACCCUCCGCAACGACGACCCGCGACGUGUCUAAUCAGGUCUGCAACCGGUUCAAUAACGGCGCAUGCUCAACCACACCUUGCAAAUCGGGUCGUCUCCACAAGUGCGCAGUCUGCGGCUCCACAGCGCACGGCAAGUCCACUUGCACCCAGCCACCGCCUAGCACUUGA